AGGAGAUUGCCUUGUGGUUCAGGCCCGAAGAACUCACAAGCUGGACCCAGGCUAAUGAUAGUUGGAUCUACGAGUCCAACGAGUAAGGAAUGUGGAUGUGUCAGUCAGGAAGGUUGCUUCUAAUUACCAAUGUUUUAAGGUUAUUGGAUUUCUUUGGUGAUGUGACCACAGUAUGCGGAAUACAGUCCCUGAAUGAUUACCUUCAAGAUCGAAGUUAUAUUCAAGGGUAUAGCCCUUCUAAAGCUGAUACAAAUGUCUUUCAAUCUCUAGCAAGAACACCAGAAGACAAGUUUAGUCAUGUUUUAAGAUGGUAUAAUCAGAUAAAGUCUCUCAGCAUAGACCUACAACUUACACUUAGUGAUGGGUGCUCCAGUUUAUGCCCUGUUCCCAGCAAUACAAAAACUGAAGUACAAAACUCAAAGGCAAGUAAUGAAGAGGCAGAUGAUGAAGAUGAAAUUGAUUUAUUUGGCUCUGAUGAUGAAGAGGAAGAUAAAGAAGCUGCAAGGAUUCGUGAGGAACGACUUCAAGCAUACGCGGAGAAAAAAUCAAAGAAACCAGGUCCAAUUGCUAAAUCAUCUGUAAUGUUAGAUGUCAAGCCUUGGGAUGAUGAAACUGAUAUGAAGGCAAUGGAAGAUGUAGUGCGCUCAAUAAAAAUGGAUGGGCUUCAAUGGGGUGCAAGUAAAUUAGCACCUUUAGCUUUUGGUAUAAAUAAGCUUUCUAUUCUAUGCACUGUAGAAGAUGAAAAAGUGUCUAUAGAUGAUUUAACUGAAAAAAUAUGCACUUUUGAGGAUUUAGUUCAGUCAGUAGAUAUUGCUGCCUUUAACAAAAUAUGAAGUUCCUUACUAUAUAGUCUUGUUAUAAAUUUUCUGUUUUACUACUGAAUAAAUUUUGUGAUACUCCAUCA